UUGCUCCAGUUAUUAGUCCUGUGAAACAUUUACUGAAGUUCCAGAGGUUUUGGUUCCGAAGGAAAGAGCGCCCUAUAUCCCGGCCACCUUCUCCCGGCGGCACAGUACUCGUCCGGCGUCGGCAAGAAGAAGUAAUAACUCGCUUACUCUCCCUGUAAAGAAUGCCGGGGCCCACAACAAUGGAAUCAGAAGUUGCAGUGGAACCACAAUCCAUCAAGAAGCUCAGCUUCAAAUCCCUUAAACGGUCUCUUGACCUCUUUUCCCCUCUCCAUGGUCAUUUUCCCCCUCCUGAUCCUGAAAGCAAGAAAAUUCGAACGAGCUAUAAGCUAAAUGUUGAGUACGGAGGGAUAAAAAGCACAGCAGCCCAACCGGUUUCUAAUGCCAAAGCGGCUGUGCAGAAUCAAGCUCAAAAUGCUCCUUCUAAUGCCCUUGCUCUUCCAGGUCCUGAAAAUACAAGGGACGAGGGAACCGGAAAUGAAUUGGCUCUUGGUCCAUCCAUACCAGCGAAGGGCCCCGCUGAUGUCAGGUUCCCAGGGAAAAGCAAUGCUGUUGUUCCUUCUCAUGGUUCGUCAGAAAGAAAUCUGUCAACUGCCGCAAUCAUGGAAAGAAUACCAAGCAAAUGGCCUCGCCCAGUAUGGCAUGCUCCCUGGAAAAACUACAGGGUUAUCAGUGGCCAUUUGGGAUGGGUGCGAUCAGUCGCGGUGGAUCCUAGUAACACAUGGUUCUGUACUGGAUCGGCAGAUCGCACUAUCAAGAUAUGGGAUUUAGCAAGUGGAAGAUUGAAGCUCACUUUAACAGGGCACAUUGAGCAAGUUCGGGGCCUUGCUGUUAGCAACAAACACACAUACAUGUUCUCAGCUGGUGAUGAUAAGCAAGUAAAAUGCUGGGACCUGGAACAAAAUAAGGUGAUCCGCUCCUAUCAUGGCCACCUCAGUGGUGUUUAUUGCUUAGCUCUUCAUCCAACCAUUGACAUCUUGUUCACUGGGGGUCGUGAUUCUGUCUGUCGGGUUUGGGAUAUUCGUAGCAAAAUGCAAAUUCAUGCUCUGUCUGGACAUGAUAACACUGUUUGUUCUGUUUUUACCAGGCCAAUGGAUCCGCAGGUUAUAACUGGCUCUCAUGACAGUACCAUUAAGUUCUGGGACCUUAGAUAUGGUAAAACAAUGGCAACCCUCACACAUCACAAGAAAUCUGUUCGAGCUAUGGCUCAGCAUCCUACGGAGGAUUGUUUUGCUUCUGCAUCAGCAGACAACAUAAAAAAAUUCAACCUUCCAAAAGGAGAAUUUAUGCAUAACAUGCUCUCACAACAGAAAACCAUAGUCAAUGCGAUGGCGGUGAAUGAUGACGGUGUAAUGGCCACCGGAGGUGACAAUGGAAGCAUGUGGUUUUGGGAUUGGAGAAGUGGUCACAAUUUCCAGCAAUCUCAAACUAUUGUUCAACCUGGAUCACUGGACAGUGAAGCAGGCAUCUACGCGCUCACCUACGAUAUGACUGGCUCAAGGCUGAUCAGUUGUGAAGCUGAUAAGACAAUCAAGAUGUGGAAAGAAGAUGAAACUGCCACACCAGAAACUCAUCCUCUUCAUUUUAAGCCUCCAAAAGACAUUAGGCGCUUCUAGUUACAAUCGCAGUUCAGAAAGCAUUACUGCUAUUCCAUGUCGGCUAAUUAUUCAGGUUGUAGUCGCACUAAGCGUACAAAUCAAACUUUAGUCUUUGGGUCUUUCCGAGCAAGAGACCCAAGAAAGUCACCAUUUUCGGAGUUGAUGGUGUUGAACUGUUGAUUUCCAUUUGCUUCUUUGUAUCCAUCUUGUUACACAUUUAUAUGCUGUCAAGUAGUUAUCUUAAUAGAGCGAGUUGGAAAUAGCUUCCAUUGAUGUAUAAAUAGAUAAAAAUAGAAACAGAGAAAAUUAUUGGGUGUUUGUACGACUGAAGUUAAUUUUUUUGUGCCAUUUUCGAUGUUUGUUAUAAUAAAAUGGUUUUAAGGAAAA